CUCAGAUGUUUUCAGGGCUUUCAGCAAGGAAGUUUUACUCUCCUUUUGUUUUCUAAAUCAUUUGCAGUACAAGGGGAUGAUGAUGAUCAUUUCAAAGUGGCGACCGAUUUGAAAAGUAUCAAAGGGUAUUGUUAUGCAUUCACCGGGGUGGUCUCGUCUCUCCUUGCAUUCAUUGUUUAGUAUCCUACCGCGCACUGUGCGCAGUAAAAUUAAACGGCAGCAUAAGCACUUUUCCUUGAUUUAGUGGAUUGAGAGCUGGAAGGAAGCUCCCUUUGGCACCGUGAACAGGUGUUCAUCUGAAAUCACAAAACUUGGCCACCACACCGUUCUUGCGCUCAGUCUUAGUGAAAGUCGGGGUGCAGUCAGGACGCACAGUAACGAACCGAACAGGGACCACUGCGAUAAACACAUUAAUUCUGUAGGACGGACCUGACAUAAUGGGGAAAUAUAAGAUAUCAUUUAAACAGAUGUUCUGUGUCCUCUCCAUCGUCUGUGGUUCGGAUAUCUGCUCGGGGUAUGUUUAUGACCGUCCUGAAAGGUCUGUAGAGGAGGCUGCUUCUUCAAAGACAGACACUCCUUCAGACUCCCCGUGGAUCAGCACGUCAGGAUCCUGCAAGAACAGAUGCUUUGAAUUGGACGAGGCUGAACCUCCCAACUGCCGCUGUGACAACUUAUGUAAAACCUAUAACAGCUGCUGCCAGGAUUUUGAUGAGCACUGCUUGAGAACAGAGGGAGGUUUUGAGUGCAGUAAGGAGCGCUGUGGAGAGACCAGGAAGGACCAGCAUGCCUGUCACUGUUCUGAGGACUGUCUGGCCAAAGGAGACUGCUGUACCAACUACAAAACACUCUGUAAAGGGGACACUACUUGGUUGAAGGAUGGCUGUGAAGACAUUAGAACCCAUGAAUGUCCGGCUGGGUUUGUCCGUCCCCCUCUCAUCAUGGUGUCAGUGGAUGGGUUCAGAGCCUCCUACAUGAAGAGAGGAAGCACAGUGAUCCCCAACAUCGAGAAACUCAGAGCCUGUGGUACCCAUGCUCCUUACAUGAGACCCGUGUACCCCACGAAAACGUUUCCCAAUCUCUAUACUCUUGCAACGGGCCUGUACCCUGAGUCCCAUGGCAUCGUUGGCAACUCCAUGCAUGACCCUGUGUUUGAUGCCCACUUUAACCUGCGGGGUCGAGAGAAGCUGAAUCACCGUUGGUGGGGAGGUCAGCCGAUCUGGAUUACAGCAGUGAAGCAGGGGGUGAAAGCUGGCACUUUCUUCUGGCCUGUGUCCAUCCCGUUGGAGAGGAGAGUCCUGACCAUGCUACAAUGGCUUCAUCUGCCAGAUGGAGAGAGGCCGUAUGUUUACGCCAUGCACUCCGAGCAGCCGGACACGUUUGGCCACAAGCUGGGGCCCAUGAGCACUGAGCUGAACAACCCUCUGAAGGAGAUUGAUAAGAUAAUUGGUCAGCUGAUGGACGGCCUGAAACAGAUGAAACUCCACCGAUGUGUCAACAUCAUCAUGUAUAUAGUGACUCAGGAGAUCACCCUGGCGCACAAUUUACUGCGACCAUGGCUGGCAAGUAUGGAGGAGGCUCACUGUGACAGGACAGAGUUCCUCAGCUCAUACAUGCCGUCCACUGUUGAUGACAUCAUCCUGAUCCCGGGCUCCCUGGGCAGGAUCCGCUCCAGGUACCCCAAUAACCCCAAAUAUGAUGCCAAAUCUGUUAUUGCAAAUCUUACAUGUAAAAAGACAGAGCAGCACUUCAAGCCCUAUCUGAAGCAGCAUCUCCCCAAGCGCCUUCACUACGCCAACAACAGGAGAAUAGAGGACAUCCACCUGUUAGUGGAGAGGAAGUGGCAUAUCGCAAGGAAGUCUCCAGAAGGAGGAAAGAGGCACCCUGGGAAAUGUGGUUUUGCAGGAGAUCACGGUUAUGACAACAAGAUAAACAGCAUGCAGACUAUUUUCUUUGGAUAUGGACCAAUGUUUAAAUUCAAGACCAAAGUGCCAGUUUUUGAAAACAUUGAACUAUACAAUGUCAUGUGUGACCUGCUUGGCCUGAACCCUGCCCCUAACAACGGGACUCAUGGCAGUCUGAACCACCUGUUGAAGAGCCCGGUCCACAAGCCCACCGUGCCAGAGGAGGUGUCUAAACCCACCAUCUCAGGUCCCAUCAUUACUCUGACCGAUGACUUAGGCUGCAGCUGUGAUGACAAGAACAAAGUGGAAGAGCUUAAUCAGAGACUGAGGCAAGCUGUCGAUGACAGCAAGAACCUCCCUCAUGGUCGUCCUGCAGUUCUGUUCCGUACUAAAUACAGCAUCCUACACCACAGUGACUAUAUCAGUGGGUACAGUGACUCACUGUCUAUGCCCCUGUGGACGUCCUACACAGUCUCUAAACAGGUAGAAGUAACCCCUCUACCAGAGCAUCUGACUAACUGUGUCAGACCUGACAUCCGUAUCCCUCCGGGCUUCAGCCAAUCCUGCUCCAACUACAAGGCGGACAAACAGAUCUCCUUCGCCUUCCUCUACCCUCCACAGCUGGCUCCGACCCAAGACGGCAAAUUUGAUGCAGUCCUCAUCACUAACACCGUACCCAUGUACCCAGCAUUCAAAAGUAAGUCAAACAUUUUCUAAAACUACAUGGCAUGUCAAAUGU